AUGUCAGCGGCAAUCCGAGGACCAGCGACCGGUCGCUUCUACAAGGUCUUCCAUGCUUGGUCCUACCUCGUCACCGGUAAUGUUCUACACGCACAACGCCGACGCUUGGUGACGACCGCCUCUGCCCAUAAGGCCAAUGACGCCCAAUCGACACAUAAGAGACAAGACAGCCAUGUCGUGCAAACUUCUCCGAUCUCGAAUGACGAGCAUGGCGUACAGACAGAAACCCCACGGAAGACGGCUGAUACUUCUAUACCUGGCCAUUCCUGGGAGCGAAUGCAACAGCAUCCCACCUUCCUGCUCAGAAUGCAAGCCGCACUAGACGUGACGGUCCAGCCCAUUGGAGACCUCACCCCUAAUGGAUAUCGCAAAGUCCGCGUUGACGCCCCCGGGAAAAGUGUAUGGAAUUAUGUCAAAGCCCUCCUUAGGCGCCGCGUCGACGACGAUCAGACUCUUGACAACACCGUUUUCGAAUCUUCUCGGAAGAAGCGUAAUGACAAUCUUCCCGCUACCUACAGGACGCACAUACCGCCCGAGAAAGCCAGCAUGCUUCAGGAAAACACUGACGAGUUGAGGCUGCGCAUUCAAGACACUUUUUCCGUUCACUUGGACGUUGUACAAGACACAAGCCAAGGUCUGCACAGCAUUACCAUCACGGGCCCUGGAACCAACGUAAAAUCCACCAAGCAGUUUCUGAACUCGCUGCACUAUGAAUCGGAACAAUCGGCCCAGCCGACCACUCGGCCAAGCUCUACCGAGAUCAAGUCUAUAUACAAAGCCACCAUGCGCAGUGUCCCUUCUAGCGUCGUCGUCCUGACUAGUCGUGUCUUUUCAUUACGCUCAGAUACCGAUUCACUACGUGGAAUGACGGUGUCGUCCUUGACUUCUGUCACUCUCGACCCAGAACCCAUCAUCUCUUUCAGCAUCAAAGGGCCAAGCCGUACCCUCGAAUGUAUUACCGAUGGUCAGCCUUUCAAUGUCCACUUCNUCUCUCCCUCUCCUGAAGGUGCCCGGAUUGCCGACUUCUUCUCCACGCCCCAUGUUGAUCCUUCCUACCCUUUCCGUAUCAUGCGAGGGUUUGGCUUGGCUGAUAUCGGCGAACAUGACCAUGAAACAUCUGGCCCCUUCAUAAUGGGUAAACACAUUCUCUCGCGCUUCACGUGCGAGAUCUUGCCUGGAAAGUCGGUCGAGAUCGGAGACCACAUCGUCAUCUUCGCCCGAGUCACCAAUGUCUGGAGGUCUCAGAGUCUAAGCAAUCCUCCGCACAAUCAAUCCGCGGCCCUCACCUUCCUUGCUUACGCACAAGCUGCAUACCGCAUGCUUGCCCCCGAAUCGAUAGAACUAGAUCGCUCCAAAACUAUCGAGUCAGCCCGGUCCAACAAGCGAUUUCAAUAUAACAAGCCUACAAAAGUCAAGGCUUCUGUACCUACCUUAUCAAAUGUUCCAGCACCACAGCCUCCGCAACCAGAAGUAGAGACACAGGCUUCUCAGGUCUCCGACCAGCGUGCCGUGCCUGAUGUCGCCGAGCGCGACACUGACGAGAUUGUCAAGAGUGAAGCUGCUGACGAAUUUGUCGAUGCGUAUUGGCGAAUGGCUUUGGACGAGGAUGGUCAAGAUAGUGUACUCGAGGAACGUGCCGCUGAUCAGCGUGCAUUGGGUGAAGCCCAGAAACCAGCCGAUCAUGACGCCCCUCGACCAGCUACUUCCGAAAAGGCAGGCUAA